AUGAAGCUAGAAGAAAAGUGUGGACAAAACGGGAGCCUUGUGGGAGGGAGUCAGCCACACCUGGGUGAGGAGCAUCAAGCACACAGGAAAGCAGUGGCAAGCACAAGGGCUGAGGUCUACGUGAAGCAGGAGGCCAAUGGGAAGCAGGAAGUUCCCAGGAAAAUCCUCAACACGUACACCUGGCAGGAGAUCCAGAGACACAACCAGGAGGCCGACCAGUGGCUGGUCAUCAACCGCAAGGUUUACAAUGUCACUGGCUGGGCAGACAAGCAUCCAGGUGGACGCCGGGUCCUCAAGCACUAUGCCGGGGAAGAUGCCACGUCCCAGUUGGUGAAAGAUUUCCAAGAACUGCGGAAGACAGUAGAGGCUAUGAACAUGUUCGAUGCCAACCUGGGGUUCUUCUUCCUUCACUUAGCCCAGAUCUUGAUUUUGGAAGUCCUGGCUUGGCUAACACUGUAUCAGUUUGGCAGUGGCUGGCGUGUUACAAUAUUCGUCACCUUUCUUCUCAUAAUUUCUCAGGCUCAGAGUGGAUUUUUGCAGCAUGACGCGGGGCACCUUUCCAUAUUUAAGAAGUCCAAGUGGAACCAUCUGUUACACAAAUUUUUGAUGUGCCAUCUCAAGGGCCUGUCAGGAAACUGGUGGAAUGACCGGCACUCCCAACAUCAUGUAAAAACAAACGUCUAUCCCAAAGACCCGGAUAUCAACAUGGGUCCUCUUUUUCUGCUUGGAGAUUUGCAACCUGUCAAGUACGGCAAGAAGAAAAUCAAAUACAUCGACUACAAAAAGCAGCACCUGUACUUCUACAUGGUUGGGCUCCCCCUCCUCAUGCCUGCAUAUUUCAACGCGAAAUCCAUGGAAAUGAUGUACCUUAGAAAAGACUGGGUGUGCUUUUCUCUGCAGGACAUCGCCUGGGUUAGCAGCUUUUAUAUCCGACAUUUCAUCACAUUUGGCCCUUUCUAUGGAAUCUUUGGAACCCUAUUGCUCAUAUAUUUGGUCAAGUUUCUUGAAAGUCCCUGGAUUACAUAUGUUACCCAGAUGAGCCACAUACCAAUGAAAAUGAGCAUAGAGGAGAACCAGGACUGGCUCAGCACUCAGGUCUCGGCCACCUGUAAUAUUGAACAGUCCUUUUUCAAUGACUGGUUCACAGGGCACCUGAACUUCCAAAUCGAGCACCACCUGUUCCCCACAAUGCCACGCCAUAAUUAUCACAAAGUGGCACCUCUGGUGAGGUCACUCUGUGCCAAGCACGGAUUGCAGUACGUGAAUAAGCCCAUGCUGAAGGCGUUUGGAGAUAUUGUCAGGGCUUUGAAGAAAUCCGGAGCUCUCUGGAAGGAUGCUUACUACGAAACAUGA